GCUUCAACAUUUAGGCUAUAAUUUGUAACCACAGUUCAAACUCUUAAUGCUUUAUUUUAGGCCUAAAUGCAGAAACACACAUUCAAACAACGUUGCAACAAACUAUCGUGUAAAUUUCUCAAUAUAGUAAAGCCUCAGAAGGGCUUAAAAUGAGUAAAAGCGUCAUGUAUUCUUAGGCCAAUUGGACGAAGGAUAUUUAAUGUUCUGAACUGACUAUUGUGAAAGAAAGGCAAAUGUAUGAAACACGAAACGUAAUUCUGUUUUAUUUUCCUCUCACAGCCAUACCAUUAUGUUCGAUUUGCAAGCAAUCAAUUAGCGAGAACAUCACUUGCGAAUUCAAAUUGUAUACAUCGCUUUUUGUUCCUUCCUGGCACCUUUAUUUUUAAGAGUGUAGCUUAUACACCGAGAAAUGGUAAAGAGCUAGGGUUACAGCGACAUGAGAUGUCUGAGACUUAAUAGAACAAAUCCAUAAACAUGAGAAGCCAUGGUGAUGUUAGUAAGGCGCGUUGGCUGUUAAGCAAGCGGAUGGGUUUCUCCAGCAAUCCAAAGUGUCAACAUAACCAACUGUGGUCCACUACAUGCACACGUUCAUCAAUGAAAGUAUCGCUCACUCCUCGACUUGAACAUUUGCACAUGUUGGCAUUCAAUAUUCUAAGAGGUACAUGUCAAUUUCUGCCCUUGGUCACAUGACUGGCGCUCUCUGGAAUGGAUGGAGAUGGAUCUCCACGUCAGCUCACGUCUCAAAAUUUCUGCUCGGCGGAUCUGCUUCAAAGCCACUGAAGCUGAAGCAGUUCUGUACUACGAUGCGAGGCAGUACUAUGGUUGUGGCGUGCCCAGCCAAGUGUCAUGAUGGAUUUUGAUGAGCGGGUACCCGUUGGGUCUAACAUGUAUUUGCCCGGCUGUACUUAUUACGUGUCUGGAACGGAAUUUUCCAGCCUUCCUCCUUUUCUGCCCCAGACCCCGUCUUCUUGCCCCAUGACAUACUCAUACUCCACGUCCAGUUUGCCACAAGUUCAGAGCGUUAGAGAGGUAUCUUUCAGGGACUAUGCCAUUGACACGUCCAGUAAGUGGCACUCCAGGGGCAAUUUGCCACACUGCUACGCGACCGAAGACAUGGUGCACAGGGACUGCCUGUCCAAUCCCGGAGCUUUGGGGGACAUGUUAUCGAAAAAUAACUCGGUUCUUUACCACUCCAACACGAGCCAUGCGUCCAACGUUUAUGGCAGCGUAGGGAGGAACGGAGUGCUUCCCCAAGCAUUUGACCAGUUUUUCGAGACAGCGUACGGCAACGUGGAAAAUCAGCCGAGCGAGCACCCGGUGGACAGAGCAACCAGCAAGGCGCCUCCUCCGCCCGCGGAUUCAGUCAGCGACAGUUGUCGGGGAACGGAUGAGACAGAGCGGUGUGAAGAAACGAGCAGCCCGGAGCCAUCUUCCGGUAACAACGAAGAGAAAUUCAGCGGCAGCAGCAAUGGACAGAAGACACGGAAAAAGAGGUGUCCUUACACAAAAUAUCAGAUCAGAGAGCUGGAGAGAGAAUUUUUCUUCAGUGUUUACAUCAACAAAGAAAAAAGGCUACAGCUUUCCAGAAUGCUCAACCUCACCGACCGUCAGGUCAAAAUAUGGUUUCAAAACAGAAGAAUGAAAGAAAAAAAACUAAACAGAGACCGUUUGCAGUAUUACACCACGAACCCUUUGCUUUAGAUCGUCUGUCGCUGAGAAAUCAUUUAGGCGAGAUGGUUAAUUUCAAGUUCGUGGAUGAACAUUCCGGCUCCCAGAGACUGCUGCGAGAGGAGAUGCGACGUUCAUUCCUCUGACAGACUUUUUCAUCGAUAUAAACAUAAAUUUAUAUUCUCUGUAAUCUUUACCGUCUGAAAUUAAAACUAUUAUUAUUAUUAUUAUUAUUUUCCAUUUUAUUCAGUUUACAGGGAUUUUGUUGUUAUUAUUAUUAUUAUUAUGAUCAUCUGACCAAGAUCUGUAGUUUUCGCAUAUGUGUCAUAUAGCAGUAAGUAUAUGCUUGAAAUCUAUUUAGAUGGAAAAAAAUGUUGGGGAGGGCGAAGGUGUUUUCAAUCUGUUAAAACUGUUCCUUACUUGUGUUUUAUAUUAUUAGACUUUUUUUUUCUCAUUGAAUGACGCAUAUUUCAUGAGCUUAUUGGGAUCUAAAUGCAUCUAUAUUCUCUUAUACUUGAAUGGUGUGGACUUAAAGUGUAUAUUUGAUAUUAUGCGUCUUUACUGCGCAUUCUCCGGUAAAAUCGGGUCACUUAACAACACCUGUGUUCAAAAAUGUCCAAAAAAAAGGAGCAAAAUUCUUAUUUAUUUUUAACAGACAUUGGACAUUGAGGUAAAAGCAAUAACUGAACCAGCAUGGACACUGCUUGAGUCCUCUAAAACCCCGAACCCUAAUUGUAUUUUCUUUUCGAGUUCUGUGUUUUCUCCACCUUUUCUUUAAAACGUGUGGAAAAUAUAUAUAUAUAGCUAUCAAUGUUGCAGGAGCUCAUGAUAAUCUCUCAUGUUUAUGACAUCUCUUCAGUGUUAUAUAAAUCAGUCUCUUGAAAUA